AUGGACUUUUGGACCAAACUCAUCAACGGCGUGAGCAACAACAAGUCUGCCACGGCAGCAGCGUCCAGUCCGCAGCAACGUCUGCAGCGCUUCCGCCGAGCCUACAAUCCCAUCCUACAACUAUGCGGCCGUCCACAGACCCUGGCAUCCCACGGCCCUGCCCUCGACCAACUCUAUUCCUCGCUGCAGACCAUCACCACAUUACUCGCUGAAGAGAGCCGCUCCCCUGCUCCCCACCUCUGUCUCAACUUUACCCAAUCCUCGCAAAUCUACAGCGUAGUCGCCCGCGCUGCCUCGACCUCCCGCGAUCCACGCUUAGUACGCCAGACUGUCAUCUUGUUCAGCCUGCUGCUCGAGAGCGAGGAUGAAGACUUUGUCGCUUCGCCCACCUUUGCCAAAUCUUUCAUGCGCUUUGCCCUGCGUGUCAUAGACUCCAACCAAGGUGGCUAUGGCGAAGACAUCGAGACCCAUGUCGUCGAGCUAUUGUUUGCCGUUGUCGCAAAGAUCCGUAUACAGCCCGACAUCCUCUCCGUCUGGUUCUCCUCGCACGCCAACAAGGACGACUCGAUCAAGGACCCGAAUCUGUUUGCUGGCCAAACCCAAAAGGACGACUUUCCAUUGUGCUAUCUCCUGAUUGACCGUAUUCAUCAUGACGGCCGUAUAGGUGACUUUGCCCGAACUGGCUUGCUGUACAUCUUCGAGGCAAUCUCAAACUCUACACGUCUCGAGGAUUGGAUCAUUGAAAGUGACCUGCCGACCUUGAUGGCCUCUGGGCUUGGCGCUUUGUACAGCCAGCUGAGCCGCGAGCUGUCCAUUCUCCACGACCACGACCGUCUGCCCAUGAUACUUGCUCUCUCUGAUUACAUCGAUGCUCAACAACUAUCCUCCACCGAAAGCAUCUUCUCGCCAACACACGCUACCCAUAUGGCUACCUUUCUCUCCCAUCUUGCCUUCUGGCAGGACGUCUUGGAACACUGCAAGUCUGAAAGUGUCAAGACCACCCUGUUGGACCAUUUCCGAGUCCUCUUUUUACAACAGCUUCUCUAUCCCUCACUGCUCCAGUCUUCUGACACCGAUGGCGGUUCUUCUGUCGCCGUCCUUACUUAUCUUUCCAGCAUUUUCGAAUCCCUAGACCAUCCGGACCUAACUCGCAUGGUGCUUCAGUAUCUCUUGGCUAUUCCCGAAGCCAAACAAUCAGAACCCGUCUCACCUACUGUCCAGAGGAGGCAGAGUACCCUCAUGUUGCUUACACAAUCUGGCAACGACGACGACAAAUUUGAACCCACGCUAUUCAGUCUGGUCGAUCUCAUGCUCAAUGGCAUCCGAUCGCAAAAUUCCCAGACAGUCGUCGCGGCUCUAAAACUUUCGUCAGUCAUGCUGACAAGGCAUCGCACAUAUACCACCUCUACCCUACUGCAAUCCAAGUCAACCUUGUUACCUGAAGAGAGGAGGACCAUCCAGGCACUGUGCGUCGAGACAAACGGCCUGAUUCAGAUCGCCACAGGUCUUGGUGGUGAGAUUGACGUCGACGAGGCGUAUGCCACAGCUUGCCAGGAUAUUACAGUCUCCUUGGAAGUUCAGGUCGCGAACAAAGCUCCCAAAGAUUCUUCUGUCUUGAAAAUCUUGUCCCAUGAUCCUUAUAUUCAGUCAAUCGCUGCGCUUUUCGGCUCCUUCUUCACCAACAGCGUCGAUGUCAAUCUUGCCUUGACCGAGGCGACAAUAUGCCUGGCGUCAUGUGCUGGCGUUGGCCUCGAUGGCUGGCUUGCUGUGCCUAGGAUGGACUAUCAGCCACCAACAUUCGAACCAACUUUUGACAGCACCAGUCUAGACGAGGACGAAAUUGGAAGUCUCCGUCAGCUGCAAUCCGUGUAUUCUCAGGAGCGCCGAGAGGACUCCCAGGAUCCACUAUUGCUUGCGGUCUUGCGUGUUUUGAAUCGCCAGGUUGACAGUAUGCGCUCCGACAUUUCCAUAAUCGAUCAUCUGAUCGAGAAGCGGGUCGCAAUCCUCGGUGGAGCUGGUCACGAAGACUUGCUAACUCAGCCCAGAAGUUCCGCUGCUUCCACUAGACAGUCUACUGAAUCUGCGCGUCCGACUGAGAACCGACAGAUACAGCGCCUCCAAGCAGGAUCAAGACAAAGAUCAACCUCACGCGAAUCCAAUGGCUCUAGGUCAUCAACACCUGUGAGGUUAAGAGAUAGCUCGUUAUCGAGCGUGCCACCAAGAUCUAGCUCUCUUCCGCAAGCGUCCCAACGCCAGCAACCGAACUCGAUCUUCAGGCCACCACCACCAGAAUCACCCACAGAGGAAACUCUACCAGCCGAGAAUCUUUCAAUUCAGACCGAGUCCAAGCAAAACGAAGCCCAGACAUUGAGAGGCAAGAUCCACUUCAUUUCUACUGAAGCUUCGGCCAGCAACACGAUCUUCGAAUAUGUAUCAGAUUCUGUUGCUCAUACUCGAACAGAGGGCGACGGUGACAAGGAAAGCAAAGACGCCACUCUGAGCCAUGUCGUGACGAACAUAGUCAUUCUGCAACAUUUCGUUGUAGAGCUCGCUGCAGUGAUGAGGACUCGUGCGAUUGUUUUCGAAGAGGUUGCAUUCACAUGA